UAAUCAAUCUGCUACUCUUUCUCUUCCUCGUUCUACUCGUCGCCGUCAUUCUCCCCUUUUCGAUGUCGAUGGCCGUCUCUCGAUUCCUCUCCCAAUCCCUAGCCCGAUCCUCUCUCCGCCCGCCGGCUCCCCUCAUCGCUCACCCCCGCCACCGCUCCACCAAGGCACGCCGCGCCGCCCAGAUCGCCGACGCCGAUGCCGACGCCGCGUCUUCGUCGCAGUCCGAUUCGCCCGAGGCGGCUGCGGAGGCCAUCACCGUCGGAAUCAGGAAGUUCGAGGAGGCCAUCCAAAACAUCAUGGUGCGCCGCGCCGCCCCCGAUUGGUUGCCCUUCCUCCCCGGGUACUCUUACUGGGUCCCACCGCGGGCGACCUCCUUCCAUAGCAUCUCCCCCGCGGGGAAAAUGAUUAUGGCCGUCGAGGAAUUCGAUUCUCCUUCCGACACGUCUAGGGAUUGGAUGUCGCAAAAGGAGCUUUCGGAGGAUGAGCAGAUGUCUCUAACUUCUACCAAAGGAUGGCCGUCCUAUGAGUUCUAUGUUGAGGGUACUUCACCCGUCCAUCCUCUUCCGGCAGUGGAAGUGAAGGUGGAAGAUCAAAAUAGUGAAGACAAUGAAGUUGGUGCAUCUAAUUCCGCGGAUGAGGAAGGAUGAACCUUAGCUCCCACUUAAAUGUCCUUAGGAGAAAGAAACAUCGACAUUGUAGAUAUCCAUCCAUCCAUCCAUCCAGACCAUGGAAGCAGUAAAAAGGGAGGAACCUUGUUGGAAGGGAAGGGAAACAAGAGCAGGGGCAGGCAGCCUUGGUAUUGUUUGUUUGGAAGCAUAGUUGCAGAACGAGCGCGCCACAGUCGAGCCCCGACCAUAGAAUGUACAUUCUGGUUUUGUUGCAGCUCUUCUUUUUACUUUUCUUUGUAUGACCUAUAUGAACAUAAGUUACCUUACCUUACCUAACCUACAUUAUUAUUACUAUUAUUAUUAAGAUCAUUUGGGAGAGAUCCUUGCAGCAGCCAGCAGCCCUUUUGUGAAGUUGCACAGGAAUUAUAAUUAUGAUGUAAUAACUAUCAGACGAUACAUGUAUUUAAAAUGCCUGUUCAUGACAUGGGUAGAGUUUGUUUCAAGCUGCUGUGGUCGGUUUUUGUUAUUUGAUCCAAUCGCGAGCAUAUAAAAAUAUACUUUCUGGCUCUAAGGUUAUUA